AGUAAUUCGCGAUAAGCAAGUAUUUAUCCCAGAACGUAACAUAUUUGUGCACAAAUGUAAAAACAUCAUUAAUUGCCAUUACCACCAGCAGUGGCAAUUUUUUAUUUUUAUUACACAAUAAGGACACCCCGGCGAUAAACCCAAACCGCGUCACGUGCUUUUUAUCGCACAAAACUCACCGAAAUAAAUAUUCAGACACGCCACUGUCCGGUGCACAUCUUCGGCAUUCCUGGCCGCGCUGUCACUCAAACCUAACCCAAAAAUACGCGGCCUUGUCUCAAUUUCGCACUUUUUGCUCGUAAAAAGCCGAAAAAUCAAUGGUGGGUGGCGGUAGUGGCAUCUCCAAGAGAGAUUGGCGACCUUUCGUGUACGGCGGCCUCGCAUCUUGUGUUGCAGAAUUCGGGACGUUCCCUAUCGACACCUCCAAGACAAGGCUGCAGAUUCAGGGCCAAACGUUGGACAAGAACCAUGCCACGCUCAAGUACCGGGGCAUGGUGGACUGUCUGCUGAAAAUAGGGAAGCACGAGGGCUUCGCGGGGCUGUAUUCUGGUAUUUGGCCGGCGGUGCUGCGACAAGCCACUUACGGGACUAUUAAGUUCGGUACUUACUACUCUCUUAAGCAGAUUAUUGUUGAGUAUAAUGGCAGGGAGAGUGUCACUGUUAAUUUGUGCUGUGCUGUGAUAGCGGGGGCGGUGUCGAGCGCCAUCGCCACCCCUACUGAUGUUAUCAAAGUUCGGAUGCAAGUGCAGGGGAUUCAAGCCAAUGUGGGCCUGAUUGACUGCUUCAAGGACGUUUACACUCACGAAGGAAUCUCAGGGUUGUGGAAAGGGGUCAGUCCCACCGCUCAAAGAGCUGCAGUGAUUGCCGCAGUUGAGUUGCCAGUAUACGACUUUUGCAAAAGUCGGCUAAUUAACACAUUCGGUGAUAAUAUUGCAAAUCAUUUUGUUUCUAGUCUUUUCGCCAGUUUAGGAAGCGCGAUAGCUUCAACUCCUAUAGAUGUAGUGAGAACCAGGUUAAUGAACCAAAGAAAAUUAAAAACAGGUGGUCUCUUACCCGCCCAUAUUUAUACAAGCACUGCUAAUUGUUUCUACCAGACAUUCAAAAACGAAGGUUUUUGGGCAUUUUACAAAGGAUUCGUCCCAACGUUGUUUAGGAUGGGGCCUUGGAAUAUAAUCUUCUUCAUAACUUACGAGCAGUUGAAGAAAUUGUAUUGAAACAAAUCAGCAUUUCUUUUAAGUAUUAAGACUAAGGGCAUUAUUUAUUUUUAACUGUACAAAUGCACGCUACAAAAGUAUUUCGAAUAAAUAAUUGCAAUCA